UCUGGCCGCCCAACAAAACAACAACGAGCGGGAACACAGCGGCGACAACAACAACGGAGCGGUCGGUGCGGCCCUCAGCGGGGGGCCUGGCGGAGGAGGCGGAAGCGGGGGAGGAGGAGGAGGACAAGGACAGGGACAGGGAGGAGGAGGAGGAAUCGUCAGAGUCGGUGCCAGCGGUGGAGUCGGAACAGGAAACGGAAACGGAGGAGGCGGAGGUGGAAGUGGAAGUGCAGGUGGCAGUGCUGGCGGCGCGGACAGCGACGGCGAUCCCAAGAAAACCUUCUCGCUGCACUGCUGUUGCGUGAUCGUCGACAUCACACCCGUCACGCACCCAGGACGCCUGACAUCCGCAACAACGGCCUCGGGAAGGGAUGCGGGUGGAGCCGCCGCGGGACAGCAGCAAAGCACCGGCGGCGGCUUGGGGCUGGGUCUCGGCGAGAAUGUCUCGCAACUGGCCAGCCAGCUCUUCCGCUUUGGCAGCAAGAAGCGCGGCGUCUGCAUCUGCAAUGCCCAGUGUCGGCUCCAGUCGCUCGGCGAAGGAUCCCUGGGGCCGACCAUCAAGCCCCAUCACGGAUCCCUGGAUCGACUGCUUAAGCAAUCGGAAAAGACGACGGCAGCUGGGGGAGCAGCACCUCCCGUCACUGCUGAGCGCUCGAUAAGUUGGGUGGUGGAUGGUGGUGCGGCUGGGACCGGGGCCCUGCUCAAUGCCUCCUCCGACGAGAGCGAUGAGAAGAAGAAGAUGGAGGAGGCGGGGUCCGCACUGCCGCCCAGGCCCCCGUCACGCUCUCAGAAGCCCACGGCCAAGGAGGAGUUCGAUCGGGGCGUGGAGGUGGAGAAGUUCUAUCACCAGAUCAACGGCGACAUCUUCGAGAUCACGCGGAGAGUGCGUGCCCGCGACGAGGAGACCAUGGAGCAGAAAUGCAUCCGUCGCAAGGGUUCGGUGCGCCUUACCGAACCCCCUUCCUCCGGUCACAGUCACGUGCGGAUGGAGCAGCAGAAGCCGCAGUUGCCGCCGCGACGCCAGAAGAGCGCCGAAGAGGUGGCCACCAUGCCGAAGAGCGCCCUGCGGCAGGCGCCCGAACAGCUUGAGUGGUUCGACCGCAAGGCCCAGCAGCGUCACUCCGCCCGCUCCGCGGAAGGGGGACAGGUGCGAGAGGAGACCAUGGAGUGGCUGAAGCUGCAGAAGACGGCCUCGCCAGCGGCGGCGGCACCGGCCCGCACCUCUUCCGGACCCAGCGAGAUCACCGUCCUGAAGGACGAGCUGCCCGACUGGCUGCUGGAUCACCUGCCCAGGAAACGGGAGCGCCUGCCCUCGGAUGCGGCCAAGGGCCAGAGCUCCUCCUCCGCCUACGCCAAGGCUCUGUCCGAGCUGCUGAAGAAGCCCCUGUCCCGCCAGAGCUCUGGACCGUGCGAGUUCUCUCUCCUGAAGACGGACAUUGUGGAGUGGCUCACGAAGAUGCAGGCCAGCGGUGCAGCCAAGCCGCGGCGUUCCCAUCAUCGUCGCAACGGGAGUGGGGGCGAUGCCCCGAGGUCCAAUUCCCAGGAGGAGCCCAUGGCUCCGGCCAGCUCCCAUCGCAAGCGGCACUCCCUGGGCCACAGUGGAGCGGUCAGCGAGGAGGAGGCGCACCAGCAGCUCUCGCAGCCCCCCGACUGGAUAGCCUAUCCCCUGCACAAGCUGCAGUCGCUCGGCAAACAGCCGCCACCGCCGCUUCCGGCCCCGAACAUUCCCAGUGGCUAUGCGGUGCCCAGUGGCCUGGCCCUGGCCCACACACCUCUCUGCCAGCGAAGGGAGGAGCGGUCCAGGGAGCGCCGGCUGCGACACUCCGCCAGCGAAGUGGUGGGAGGAGGCGGUCCUGGUCCAUCCAUCGCCCAUCUGGAACGCCUCUACGCGAAGCCACACAAGGAGCGGUAUCAGUAUGUGCCCAAGGCCAAGGACCCCGCCUUCUCCGGCUCGAAGAGAGAGCGAUCGCGUCGCCAUCAGACCCAGAGAUCGGCCACCGUCUCGGACAUGUCCGCCCAGCGUUCAGGCGGCUACAAACGCAAGUCCUCUAGCGCCGAGCGGGCGCCACGCUCCCCAUCGCCCGGCCCCUGCACAGAUCCCGACUGUCCGCUGCUGCCCAUCUGCACGGAUCCCCACUGCCGCUACCUGGAGUGUCAGUCCCAGUCCCAGGCCCAGGCGCAGGCGCCGUCCAGCCGCUGCCUCACUUCGUCCGCUAGUUCGGUGAACCUUGCCCGCCACCAGCAGCUGGCCCAAGUGCAGCUCCAUGCGGUGCCCGCCCAUCUGAUGGGAGCAGGAGGAAUGGGCUCCGAUGUGCCCACAACGCCAUCGACGACGGCCACACCGCCGCCGCCGCCACCGCCACAGGCAGCAGCAGCAGCAACAGCAGCAUCAGCAGGAGGGGUCGAGCGGCGACUGGUCAUCUGCCACGAAUGCCGCUCCUGCUGCGCCCCGCUCCUCAGCUGCCAGAAUCGCAAAUGCCUCAAUGCCGCCAAGUGCAACUCACUGCCUCGCUGUGCCGCCGACUUCAACCGUCUGCGGACACAGCUCGCCCAGCCUCCGACCACCCUGGACGACAUCGAACCGGCGCCGCCUAUUGUGAUGAUGGACCACAUCGAGGACCUGGAGAUGCGGCCACUGCCAUCGCCGCCUUCGCAUCAUCACUACCGCAGCAACUCGCAGCCGAACACCCUACAGCGCGGGGACUCUGCCAGUUCGGGGGCAAGCCAUGGGGCAUUAUCCAUGGGCAUGAAUCUGGGAUGGCUGGAGCCGAUGACUAGUCUCGUGCAGCCGCUGCCCACGGCCUAUGUGCACCAUCAUGGGGCGACGAUCAAUGGGAAGCUGAUGAAAUCCGCCUCGGCGGCGUCGCUCAACUCGCGUCGGAGGCGCCACAAGACGGUGCACUUUGGGGAGAACCUUCUGCGGGAAGUAUGCCAGAACCGGAAGCUCAUCAAAACGGAGCAAGUGCCAUCCGGUUCGGCACCGAUGAAGGCCAACAUACAGAUGCUGUACAACUUUGUGGAGGGUGUCCUCAGUGCCUGGGUGGACGAUGACGAGGAUCAGGUGCGCUCUGGCGCCGAAUCGGAGCCAGAGCAUGGCGGUGUGGUGGCCCUGCAGCCUAUCCAUCGAUGCAAUCGCCUGCGCUACCAGUGCAUCCGUCGGGUGGUCGAGGAGGCGGCCGAUCUGCAAGGGACCCUCAAGCUGGGGAACUCCCGAUACAGGCAUCGCCAUUGGCGCAGCACGGCCAAGCAGUGCAACGAAAUGUUCCUUCGCAAGAUUUCGGACGAUGAUCGAAUGAGCCUAACUACUGCCGUUUCGGAUGAAGAUGAUGGGGAAAGUGUCAUGGCGUCACCAUAUAAAGCAAAGGCCACUGGCACCGCUGCCUCGUCCUUCAACUGUACGGGAGCUGUACGAAAAGCUGGCUUCCUAUCGGUGAAGAAAUGGUUACUACGCAAGAAGCAUCAGAUCGAACUGGCACGAAAGCGGGGCUGGAAGGGAUAUUGGGUGUGCCUGAAGGGCACCACCCUGCUAUUCUAUCCGUGCGACUCCCGUGAGGGGCGGAGCGUGGAGGCGGCGCCCAAGCAUUUAAUUAUUGUGGAUGGUGCAAUUAUGCAACCGAUACCCGAGCAUCCCAAGCGUGACUACAUCUUCUGUCUGAGCACGGCAUUCGGAGAUGCCUAUCUCUUCCAGGCGCCCUGUCAGGUGGAGCUCGAGAACUGGGUGAACAGCAUACAUAGCGCCUGUGCUGCCGCCUUUGCACGUCAUCGCGGCAAAACGGGAACACUACAUCUCCUCCAGGAGGAGAUCUUUCGACUGGAGAAGGCCAUUGAAUCGGAUCACAAGCUGAAGCACAUGGCCGAGUUGCAGCAAUCAGUUGUCACCGAUCAGGAGACACGUCAUCAGAUCCAGGGCCAGAUACUGCAGUGGGAGGAGAAUCUCGAGCGCCUGCACUGCGAACAGUUCCGCUUGCGCUGCUACAUGGCCUCGCUGCAGAGCGGAGAGUUGCCCAAUCCAAAGUCGCUGCUCACUCACGUGUCCAGGCCAACAAAGAAUACGCUUAACAAACUGGGUGUGUUUACGGUCUCCUCGUUCCACGCCUUCAUUUGCGCCCGUUCCCCGUCGCUGCUCAAUAAUCUGCUGGCGGGCCGUGGUGCCACCAAGCGGCGGCCACCAAUGCUGUCUCGAUCGAAUAGCGGCUCCAGUCGUCGCUCCAUGCAGAUGAAUUCACGUGACGAACCGGAAAAAACUUUCAAAGUUGCAAUGCCCGACAAUGCUUACUCGACAGUUUAUCUACGUGAUGCGAUGUCUGUCGAGGAAUUCCUCGCCAGCGCCUGCGCCCGUCGCAACCUCAAUCCCAUGGAGCACUUUGUGCGCGUCAAGAAGCGACGUGACAUGGAGGAUCACAAUUACUUUGUGCCGCAUCGCAACGAUCUGAUUGAAAAUUAUCUACAUAAUCAUGAAUUCGUAGAGGUCUGCAUGAAAAUCUUGUACCAGGUGGAGCUGCAGCGUACUACCCUAGAGCAAAUGUGGGGCUUCUCCGUGGAGGCGGAAUUGAUUGAAAAUGCGGAGCGUCAGGACGAGCUCUGCUGCUAUGUUAGUCGCGUGGAGGACAAGAGUGUAGCCAUGCAUAAUGGCAUUAUCAAAGGAGACGAAAUAAUGGUCAUCAAUGGGGCAAUUGUAUCCGAUCUAGAUAUGAUGUACUUGGAGAGCGUCCUGCAGGAGGAACAAUCGCUCAGCAUGAUGAUGCGAUCUUCCCGCACAGAGCCACCAGAUCUAGUGGGGAUCAUGCGUGUUACGGACGAUAUGAUUGAUUCGCUGGUGUGUCCACCGCCGCCGACAGAUCCGCCCGUGAUGAGCGAGGAGAUGAUAACUGGAUUGAUUGUUCCGGCGCCCGGUUGGAAUGGCAAUGGCAAGGAUCUGUACUCGCCGGAGGCGGAGAGCUCGCCGGCGCCCUCCUUCGUGGACCCCCAGAUGGUGGCCGCCCAAAUGGCGUCUGGUGGCGGUGUGGUCGUCGGCGGACUGGGUGUGGCCAAGCCCACGUCGCGAACGAGCAGCUUUGAGAUUGAGAAUCUGCUGAAGACCGCGGAGCAAGUUACCGGAUUUUGUCGUUCACCCCAGGAAACACGCAAAUCGAGCCCCACAGGCUCUGUCACCUCAUCGGUGUCGACAACGGCAUUGACCCCAUCACGGCAGCUAACCGAUGCGGAGAAGCUACGCAAAGUCGUCAUGGAACUGGUGGACACCGAGCGCACCUAUGUGAAGCACUUGAACAAUCUACUGGAGCACUAUCUGGAGCCCAUGAAGCGGGAGACAUUCCUCUCGAAUGCCGAGAUCAAUGCGCUGUUCGGCAACAUACACGAGAUCGUCACAUUCCAGCGACAGUUUCUCCAGAAUCUCGAGGAGUCCCUGGAUCUAGAGCCGGAAUUCAAUAAGUUCGAGCACUGCGGACAGUUCAGGAAUGUGCUCUUUGCGAUUGGCUCGGCCUUCCUGUACUAUGUGAAUCACUUCAAGCUGUAUUCCUCGUUCUGUGCGAGUCACAGCAAGGCGCAGAAGGUCCUGCAUCCGAAUGAAGGCAAUCAUGCCCUGCAGGAGUUCUUGGCGGCACGCAAUCCGAAGCAGCAGCACAGCAGCACCCUGGAGUCAUAUCUGAUCAAGCCCAUUCAGCGCAUUCUCAAGUAUCCGCUGCUGCUCCAGCAGAUGCGCAAUCUAACCGAUACCCGGGCCGACGAGCAUGUACAUCUGUGCGAGGCCCUCAAAGGCAUGGAGAAGGUGGCCGAGCACAUCAAUGAAAUGCAGCGCAUCCACGAAGAAUACGGCGCCAUAUUUGAUCACUUGUUCAGGCAGCAUCAAAAGUCCUGCAAGCAGCCCAUUGAUUUGAGUCCAGGCGACCUGCUGUACUACGGCGGGGUCGAGUGGCUCAAUAUCUCCGAUUUUCUGGGCAAGAUUAAGAAGGGACUUGAGCUGCAUGCCAUGUGCUUUGUGUUCAAGUCGGCGGUUGUGUUCCUCUGUAAGGAGCGCUUGCGACAAAAGAAGAAAUUGAUGGGCGUCUCGAGCAAGAAUGCCACCAACGAGGUAGAGAUUAUACGCUACCAAGUGCUCAUACCUGUUACCGAGGUUCAGGUGCGUGCCAGCUCGGCCAAGGACAUGGACUCGCACUUCCUGUGGGAGCUCAUCCAUCUGCGCUCGCAGCUGCAGCGCCGCUCCGAGAAGGUCUACGUGCUGUCCAAUAGCACUGCGGACUUCCGGAACGCCUUCCUCAAGACCAUACGCCAGAUCAUACGCGAGAGCGUGCGGAACAUGUCAAUUCCCAUGAAGAACUUUGGCGGGAGCUCCGGCUCCGUUUCGGGCCACUCCUCGCAGGGGAUGAGCGGGCACGGACACGGCUAUGCGGGCAACUCCCAGACCCUGGAACGGCCCAAGCAGCAGAUUACCAUCGUUCAUGGCUCUCACACACUGGGCAAACCGAAGAAGAAGUCCGGCUCUCAGCGGCACUCGGCGGGCAACAUCGACUAUGACAACCUUUCGGGCAGCCAGGAGGCCGACGAUCUGCCGCCGAGCGUGCACUUUGGCCCUGGCCACAGCCACGGCCAGCCGAUGCAGCCGAGUGGCUUCCGCAGCCGCAGCAAGACGGUGGGCGAUGUGACAGAAAUCGCUUACUCCUCCAUAGAUCCCCAGCAGCAGCAGCAGCAACAGCAGCAACAACAGCAGCAGCAGCAGCAGACCCAUCCGCAUCCACAUCCCCAUCCACACCCGCAUCCCAGGGAGCCACCACCGCCGCCGAUCAGGCAGCCGCACUUGCAUCACCACAGUAGCGACAUCGAGCGGAUCGAUCCGGGUACUAAAUCGGAGGGGGAGGAGGACUCACAGCAGGGCACAAUCAGACCCAAGGCCACACUGGGCCGCACGCCCAAUCAUCUGACGCUGAGCACCACAUCGACACUCUCAGUGGGCAGCACUGGGAGCCAGGCGCGUCUGAUACAAUCAUCGCAUCCACCGGCCAGCUACCAGCCAGUGCUGAUGAAGGACCUAGGUAAGCCCAGCGACGAGUCGGAGACGGACUCGAGGUCGGAGUCCGAGGUGCAUGCCGCCCAGGUGGCGGCCUCCUUUAAUAUAAGUCUAGGCAGUAGUGGUAGCUUGUUUGCCAGUUCCGACCCCAACCAGACCCAAUCACAGAAUCAGAAUCAGACACAGAACCAGACCCUACACCUGUCCCCGCGUCAGUCGCCCCGUCAGUCGCCCCGACAGUCGCCCAAGCAGGACAUCGAGGUGAUCGAGAUAUUUGAGAGCGAGGCGGAGCGUCUCGCCGCCUCGCAGCAGGUGGCAGUGGUUCACCAGCACCAUUCAGCGGGCCAGGCCAGGGAGUCCUUGCAUAAGCAACGACGCGACCGUGACCGUGACCGAGAACCGACCGAGACGGACGCCACAGCUCGCUUCAUGGACAAGCACCUCAGCGACCUUGAGCAGGAGAAUCUGGCGGAUGGUACCUGUGACAUCGUGGCCUACAUGGCUGGUCUGCGCGAGAAGGCCUUCGAUCCGCAGGAUCUGGGCGAAGAGGCGGCCGAUCAGCAGCAAAAUGACUCCAGUCUGUCGCCAGAGCCGCAGACCAUCGUGGAAAACACCCAGCAGACGGUGAUCGUGGACAUUGAGUCGCCCUCGCGCCCUGCCACCGAGUCGGACAGCACGGGCACCACCACAGGACCCUCGGAGCGGUCCGGCGAUGAAACCGAGGAGGAGGCCACCACCAGUUCCGGCUUGGCCUCCCACAUCGUGGUGAUUGACAAGAAGGUAGACAAGAUAUUCAAGGCAAAGUCCCCGGAGCGUCCCGUCUCCUCGAAGCCGAAGAGCGGCAAGCGGCAAAGUAUCUACAUAUCGCCAGACCGAUGCAAGUCCCAGGGCAGCUCCCCGGUGCGCAUCAUCAAGAUCAAGUCGCCGCGCACGAGUCUCAGCGAUCAGGGAAAGCGGCUGAGUGUCUGCUCUUCGCGGGACAACUCCCAAGAUCGUAUUUCCGGCGGCCGGCGCACUCCAAGUCCCCGGCGAUCCUCAGAGGGAGGUGGCAUUCUGAAGCACACCAGUCCGGCUCCUGGCAUACUGAAGCCACCCUCCAGUCCGGCCAAGUCAAAGAGUCCCGAUCGCAGCUGCCUGAAGAAGGGGGGACCAUCGCAUGUGUGCAGCGUGGAGACUCUCUCGCCGCACAUCUCGCCACGCAGCAGCCUGGACCAUCUCUCCCCGGAACGGGGCAGCACCUGUCUCCGGCACUCGCCUCGCAGCAGCUUCGACAGCCACGGCGGAUCCGAUCACAAUCUGGAUUUGCCGUACGGCGGGCGCAAACGCAGCAUGUCUGCCCACGGCAGCUUCGAGACGGGCACCAAGCCGCGUCCCCAGGAGACAUAUCAGUACUAUCCGGUCUACGACAACCAGACCUGCAGCGAUCACUAUGUGGCCGCCGCGCCCAGUGGACGGUAUGCCAGUGCAGGCGGUGGUGGAGGUGGAGGUGGAGGUGGAGGUGGAGGUGGAGGUGGAGGCGGGCGCGGACGCAGUCGCCUGAGCAAAUCCCUGGAGCGCUCCACAUCCCGUGACAGCACCACGACAAGCAGCUCCUAUGGACAACGGGCGUAUGGGGUCUCUCCGGACCGCAACUACGUGGUCUACAGCUCUGGACCACUGCGAUCCCAGUCGGCGGAGAACACCUUCUCACAGCCCAUUUACGAUCCGGUGCCCAGGCAGCCGGUGCCGCUGCACCAGUCGCCGCACCAGCCGCAGCAGUACGUCAGCUAUGUUCCCGAGAUGGGUGGCUACGGACCACCCUCUGGCUAUACAGGAGGCUGCUCUCACGAUCCGCAGCAGCAGGCGGGUGGAGGUGGCGGCUACCAGCUGAGCUCCUCGGCGCCCGAGUACACCACAUGCAUUGACUGUCUGUACCAGAAGCGACCCUCCUAGCAUAAGUCCCGCGUGCGGCAAAGUCGCACGCGGAAGAAAACGCCCCGAGGCAUGGUGGUUGUCAGUGCGCAGCCGACGGCCACGGGAGGGAUAGGAUUCGUGCCAGAGAUGGGUGGCGGCGAGUCCGGAGGAUGUGUCGACUGUCACGACUACUUCGAGAUACACGUCUAGGCACAGAGCUCGCUCAGAGCUGGCACAGAGAGAGGACUGAGGAGGGAACGUAUCUAGACUAGAGUUAUUUGAAUCCACUCAGAAUGCAACCAAAGAUAACAGCAACAACAACCCGAAUGCCUCAACAAAACUAAUUUUAACCGAACUCAGCUCAGAUAUACGUAAAAGCAAUGCAAAAAGCAACAUAACAUAACAAAUAACGGAAAUACUCGUAUUCGUACUCGAACUUCAACAACACAAGGGAUUGAAAUCAAAGACCUAGCAUACAGUAUACAAUAUACAGUAUACAACAGUAAAUACAAUCUACAAAGCAUAACCGAAGAAAGCAUAACCCAAAAACACUCACAAAGAAAACUCAAAAUUCACUCGUUACUCGCUACUCGUACUCGUUGUGUAAGUGUUUAGCAUGUAAGUCACCCCAAUCCGAACGCAAAUUUUUUGACUCUUUAGAGUACCGUAGUUCAUACCGAAAACUAAUCAAAACCCAAGGAGGAUGAAGCAUGGAGGCUGGAGGCCGGAGGCCCGAGGAUGAUGCAGGUGAGGUGGUGGUUGCAUAAUGUGUGCGCCACCACCAUUUCUAGUUAAUUAUUUAAGCUGCAGUCGCCGAGCAUUUCACCAUGAUUUACACAGAAAAUGGCGGGAGUUCCGCCAUGUGGCACACGAAGGGGUGCCGUGAAGAAAUAUUACGUAUACGCCGCGUUGCACACACAAUACUCAAGUGCCGUAAUUACGAAGGAAAACAACAACAGAACAGAACAAAACAAAACAACGCAGAGAACGCAACAGCAGAGAAAAGAAACUAAAACUAAAGUUGAUAUUCAUACUCGCACUCAAGUAAACUACCAAGAGACAUGCAUCCCCAACUUACUGGCAAACUGAAACUGAACUCAACUUGAAACAUAGAUGGGGGGAAAAUUACAAGAAGCAGAAAGCAAGAAAAAUAAAACUAUAUGCACUCGCACACCCACACAUACAUAUAUGUACGUACCACACAGGGGUAAAAAAAAGAAAGAAAAGGGAAGUCGCCGACCAACAAACUAUUAGUUGAGCAGAGAGAGAGAGAGAGAGAGAGCUGAGAGAACAUAGAUGGGAAAACUAUGUCACUGGCAACAUUUCCGCAGAGGAUGCCCUGCGGCAGCCAGGAGUGGAAUCUGCGAAUGAAAUCAACAAAUUUUAAUUACCCUUCAAGCGAAAUGAAAUAAAAUUAAAUGAAAGCAAAGGAAAGGAAACUGCAAAACUGCAACUGCAACUGAGCUGGCCCAAUGCGGGGGUUUUGGCCAACAUUCUAUAGGGUUAACAGAAUAAAUACCUAACAAAACGUAUACCUAAAGCGGGAAUAUUUACACGGAAAACAAAAAAUAAAAUUAGUUAGACAAAUUUUCGAGUGUGUGUGAGAAUAAUGUUGUGACAAAUAAUUUGCAUAUAUGCAUAUGGUUUUUGUAUGAUUUUUAUAGGUUUUUUAUAGAGUAUAUAAAAAAAUAUACAUGCAUAUACAAAUCGAAACCAAAUCACAUUUUCCUACUUGUACAACUCGUACAGCCCGUACAACUCGUACUCGUACUCGAACUCGUUUGUUUUCCAGCAUUUCCAUUUUAACAUUUCACUAAAUCAGAAAAUACAAUAAACAGAAUACCAGGCAAUCGAUGUGUAUUCCAAGAAUGAUAAUCGUAAGUCGUACCUCAAUGUUCAGUAUUAUAUAUGUAUAUGUAUACAAAAGGUAGCUACAGAAAAUACUCAAACAUACUAUAUUGUAUAUCCGAAACACUCCCUUCCGCCCAUCUCCAGGGGCCAGGUGAAAGGAAUAACCUUUUCUAAACCUGCCUGCCCGAACCCCCGAAACAAACACUCUACUAGCAAAAUGAUUACGAUCAAAUUUCAGGUUGUUGUAACACAAGAAUUCAAAGGGAGAAAAUUACUAAACUAAUGAAAGUCAUAGUCAAAAUAGUUUUAAGCUUCAAGAAACGUUUACAGUUUACAGUUUACACUGGGCUUCACAGCAGCAAAAUCAAAAGGGAAAAAUCAUUUUCAAAAAUCAAAAAUAUACACCAUGAAUAUGGCAUAUAUAUAUACAUACAUAUAUACAGCAGCAUAUACAGCAGUUUAAAUGGGAAUCCUCAGAAAUACGAGUAUAUAAGAAUACAAAAGUAAAUGCAACUAAAUAGAAAUAAGCGGAGACCGCAAACGGGAGGACAUUUAACAGUGUGCGACAGUACCACAGUAAAAGCUAAAACAAAUAUCAAAUGUAAUCGGUAAUCGGUAAUACAUGUGUGCACACACAAACAGACAAACUGUCGAACGGACAGCGAAAUGUUGGUGUUCAAACACCGAAAUCCACAAAACAAAUAAUCAAAAAAUAAACAACAAACGAGCGAGCGAACGAGCUACAACUUCAAAAUCAAAUGCAUAAAAACUAACACUAAAACGAAAAACAAAUAUAAAUAUAACUAAUAAUAAUGGGAAAACUCGUAACUAAACUAAACUCCAACUCCAACUAAAGCAAUUGAAAUGCAAUUAAACGAAACGAGAUAUGGGAAAUAUACAACAUACUAUACAUAACAUACAGUACUAACUAUAUGAAUACAAAUACAAUACUCUUAUACGUACACCCGUACCCUGUACCCUGUACCCUGUACCCGUACAGACACCCGUACAACCCUUGAAGGACAGAGAGACAGAAAUCGAAUCGAGUUCAUGCAGCGAUUACCUGGCCUAUCCCCCCUCAUAAAUAUACUCGAUACUCGUCACCCCCUGAGAUACUGAGACAGUGAGAUAGUCCCCUCUCCCUCAAUUAGUUAUGCAUUUAAAUUUAUUUUGUAGUUGCUUAGCAGGUAAGUGCAACAAUAUUCAUUUGUAAUUAGGCGACAGAAGACAGAAAGCAGUAAAGCGGUCGAAAUGUCGAAUUGAAUUAGUCCUUAAACAAUUAAUCGGGUGAUAUUCCAUUUUGUUUACACAUACACACAGACACACACACAAAUUAUCUCAAAGAUAACUAAAAUCCCAGAUAUCUAAUGACACACAAGUUUGAAUAAAGUUGAAUUGAGUUAGAUACAUACAUAAAUACAUAUAUAUACAUACUAUAUAUAAGUCGAAGUCAAGGUCGGAACGAGGACGAGGACGAGGCGAAGGCAUGUUAAGUUAGUACUAGGUUUUCUUUUCCCGCCUAUUUCGAUGUGGAUGCAUCUCUUAUCCAUACAAUAUAUAUCCAUAUAGUGUAUCUGUGUAUCUGUUGUGUCUGUUACAAAACACUUGAUAUUAUUAGUUGGCAUCGCUUGAUUAACUAAUUAACAAACUAACAAACCAGAAACAGAACUGAAACUAAAACUGAAACUGAAACCAACAAAAGAACUUUGCAAGUUUUAUUUUUCCAAUUUGAACGUUUUGCAUUUUCUCAAAAGAAAAAUCACAAACUAACAAAAUCAAAUAACAAAAUAGACAUCGAAGUAUCGAGAGUGUGCCACAGAUCUGAAACCAAAUCUUGUACUGCCGAAAGAGCGCUAAUAUCUAAUGCAAAAGUACAUUAUAAUCGAAUUAUAUAUUUAUACAACUAUAUAUAUAUGUCUUAUGGUUACACACACGUGCCCCCACAACUCGACCUGCCACAACUUCCACCACUACCACCACUUCCACCACUACUCCUUCAAUUAAAUCACUAUUUUCCUCAAUUUAUUCGGCAUUAUUCCACACCCUCGUCCUCCCCUUCUCCACCCACACAAAGUUUUUGCCCAGAAAUUUUAUUUUCUGUUUGCUGUACCAACGGAACUUUUUGUGUGCCACUAAACAAAAUAUAAUAAAAUAUACAUAAAUUGAAUUUUGUGAAACUCCCAUCUAUUCGCAUUGCACAAUCUUUUUCAUCAUUUUGAAUCACGCUCUCUUUGACUUUUGCAUUUGAAAAACUCAUCUCGAAAUUAGGGAAAUGCUUGGCCGCUCAUCCCAACACAAUUUUCAAAAUUAUUACUACCCCCAUUCCCCCCUUCCGCCUUUCCACCUUCAUAUGUAUAUCUGUGUAUAUGUAUAUCUCUCUACUUCAUUUGUAUCACGAAUUGGAGUCCCCGCCCCCCGCCCGCGCAAGCAAGACACACACAAAACUUCAGAGACAGAAAGGAAAAUGUUGGCAUAAAAUGCAAAACUGUUGAUCAGAAAUUCGAAAAAUUUACCUAGUUUAUAUCUAUAGAAGCAAAAAAAGAACCAAAACAAAACAAAAACAAUAAAGAAAGAAUCGAAAUGAAUGGAAAUACCAGACCAAGCGAUGUCAACAUUUUAGCCAACACAACUGUACUCAAACUAAGCCUAACCCCACAAAUAUUAGUUGUUGAACUUAGUGUUGAUCCCCCCACAGACCCAACCCCAGCCCCAGCCCCAGCCCAGUCCAAAACAGUCCGCCCUAACUAUAUUGAGUAGCGAAACCCCGUUUAUAAGUAGUGCUCAUUACAUUAAACAAUAAUUAGUUUUGCUUAUAUUUUUUCUAACCAAAAGUGCGCCCAAAGUCGAGUAUUUUGGUCGCGCUGCUUGCAUGCUUUUUUGAAGUAAACGAAUAACCCCCGAAUACUAAUUGGCUGCAAAUUUAUUAAUUAAAAUGUGUUCGACACGAUUGUAUAUAACCAAAUGGAGAUGCCCCUCCUCCCACUCGCUCUCUCUGUCUGUCUUUCUCUCACUCUCUGUUUCUAACUCUUUCUCUCUAUAUUUUCUAUAUAAAAAGAAACUUAAAACUAAAACUAAAACCGAAAACCGAAAACGAAACUACAAAUUAAGUUCUGCAAAAACCAAAACCAAAACGAAAAUAUUUCAUAAUUUUUCAUAUAUGUAUGGUUUCCAUUGUAUCUUUUCCUUUCUUUCAUUUAA